CCCUGGCCCCACCCUGCCCCCACCCCCACCCCUGCUGCAGGUGCCAGGGCACCCUGGGGCCUCAGCCGCUAACGCCCUUUCUGAGCAGGACCUGAUCGGCCAGGACCUGAACUCUCGCUACCUGAAUGCCCAGGGUGGCCCUGAGGUGGUGGGGGCAGGGGGCUCGGCCCGGCCCCUGGCCUUCCAGUUCCACCAGCACAACCACCAGCACCAGCACACCCACCAGCACACCCACCAGCACUUCACCCCUUAUCCCCCAGGCCUGCUGCCACCCCACGGCCCCCACAUGUUUGAGAAAUAUCCAGGAAAGAUGGAAGGCCUUUUCCGACAUAAUCCGUACACGGCCUUCCCUCCCGCAGUGCCCGGGCUGCCUCCGGGCCUCCCGCCGGCUGUCUCCUUUGGCUCCCUGCAGGGGGCCUUCCAGCCCAAGAGCACGAACCCUGAGCUGCCACCACGACUGGGGCCGGUGCCGAGCGGGCUCUCCCAGAAGGGGACACAGAUCCCCGACCAUUUCCGGCAACCUUUGAGGAAACCAGGGAAGUGGUGUGCCAUGCACGUGCGUGUGGCUUACAUGAUCCUGAGACACCAGGAGAAAAUGAAGGGUGACUCCCACAAGCUUGACUUUCGGAACGACCUCCUGCCCUGCCUUCCGGGGCCCUAUGGGGCCCUGCCCCCUGGGCAGGAGCUCUCCCACCCGGCCUCCCUCUUCACUGCGACUGGUGCCGUCCACGCUGCAGCCAACCCUUUCACGGCAGCUCCCGGGGCCCACGGACCCUUCCUGAGCCCCAGCACCCACAUUGAUCCCUUUGGGCGUCCCACAAGCUUCGCCUCCUUGGCUGCCCUCUCCAACGGGGCCUUUGGAGGCCUGGGCAGCCCCACAUUCAACUCCGGCGCCGUCUUUGCCCAGAAAGAAAGCCCAGGGGCCCCACCAGCUUUCGCCUCCCCGCCGGACCCAUGGGGCCGCCUGCACCGCAGUCCUCUGGCCUUUCCUGCCUGGGUCCGGCCCCCUGAGGCCGCCCGGACUCCAGGCUCAGACAAGGAGCGGCCUGUGGAGCGGAGGGAGCCCUCCAUUACCAAGGAGGAGAAGGACAGGGACCUCCCCUUCUCACGGCCCCAGCUCCGAGUUUCUCCUGCUACUCCCAAGGCCCGGGCUGGCGAGGAGGGGCCUCGGCCAACCAAGGAAUCCGUGCGGGUAAAGGAAGAGCGGAAGGAGGAGGCUGCUGCUGCCGCCGCCGCCGCUGCCGCCGCCGCCGCCGCCGCCGCUGCCGCUGCAGCAGCCACUGGGCCCCAGGGCCUUCACCUGCUGUUUGAGAGGCCCCGGCCGCCCCCAUUUCUGGGCCCUAGCCCACCAGAUCGCUGUGCUGGCUUCCUGGAGCCAACCUGGUUGGCAGCACCCCCACGCCUGGCAAGGCCACCCCGCUUCUAUGAGGCGGGUGAGGAGCUAACUGGACCCGGGGCCGUGGCCGCUGCCCGCCUCUACGGUCUGGAACCUGCUCACCCCUUGCUCUACAGCCGCUUGGCUCCUCCACCGCCACCUGCUGCGGCCCCAGGCACCCCUCACCUUCUCAGCAAGACCCCACCAGGAGCCCUUUUGGGGGCACCACCUCCGCUUGUGCCCGCCCCCCGGCCCAGUUCCCCACCUAGGGGCCCCGGCCCAGCUCGGGCUGACAGGUGAGGGGAGGGGAGGGGUCGGGGCGAAGCUCCAUCUCCCGUUCCUUUAACCAGGUCCUAGGGCUGAGGUUUUAAGCCAGGGCUGGAGGGCAAAGGUCAUAACCUCACCAGCCACCUCUGAGGUCAUGGAACCUGGGAACAGAAGCCUCAACCCCCACGAGACCAAGCAUCACAUGGAGUGUAGGGUCACUGGGAGAGCAGAGGUCAGCCUCUAGAGAGGGAGAGGGGUGUGUGCAUGGGAGUGUGGCUCAUCUCGGGGGCCAUGGGGCCUCCUGAGGUGCACCUUUGCCCCUCUAAGGGCCUCUAGGCCCUGGGCCUGUCUCCCCAAGGGCUCACUAAGCCAGAGGCCAAAGUGCCCCCUCCCCUUCACCUACCACCCAAGUCCUCAUGCCCUCCGAGGGCUGGAGGAGGAGGGGCUUAAGGAAGGGGGGUUCCAUGUACAUAUUUAUCACCCCUUUCACAUAGCCCCAAGACCUUUUGUACAUUUUUACAGGGGUGCCCCUCCCAACAGUCCCCUUCCUGGUUAAUUAAAUCCUCAGACUGGUGCUGUGUUCCUAGCCUCUGGCCUCUCUGUGGGGAAGGGAGAUAGCAGGGGGAAGAGCCGGGAAGGGACUGUCAGGCUUCUCCCUGGGAAAGUGGGGCCAGCAGGAGAUGACCAACAGGGGGCGGGACCUGGGGACCUGGGCUGGAGGGAAGGGCAGAAGCUUCCUGCUUGGCUUACAGCCCUGGUUCCCCCAACAUGUUCCCAUUCACUCUGCCCCCACCCUCAAAGGCUCAGCCUCUAAAUCUCAGACUCCACCACUUCUUAAUGGCUCAGUCCCCCUUACCCCAUUUCCAAGUGCCCCCAGGACUCCUGGGCCCUGCUUCCCUGAACCCUGUUCUCCAAAACCCUGCCCCAGGCUAAGGGUGGCCAGAGAAGGUCACCAUGUACCACACACCAAAGAAGGGGGUCGGCCCAGGGGUGGGCGACACAGGCAGCUUCUUCGGCAGCCUCACGGCAGCAACCCCAGCCUUCCCAAAGCAGCAGGCGCCUCCAGGCUGGGGCCCAACCUAGAAGGCAGGGGUUAAUCUAACAAAACCCUAACGUUGACUUUUUUCCCCGGUGGGGCUUAUUCUGUAACAUGACUUGCGGAUAUUUAUAUAAAAAUGAGUGUUACAAUGAGA